AUGGCAUCGUCGGCAACCUUGGAGCCGCAUCAGCUGGCUGCCUACCUUCAGCCACCCUCGGCCGACCAGCAGCUGAGCUAUGUCGUCGAACACUGCAACUACAUCCUCCCGCAGCUCGCCUCCGACACGCUCCGAGCCAGCGCCAACGACAGAGCAGACCUGCGCCCCACAUUCACCUGCCUCCCUUCGUCUGACACGCUCGAGGCGUACCUCGCUCAGCUCACCUCGGCGCACCAGCAGACAGCCAACACGACCGCUCACCUCGAAUCCCAGCUUCGCGCGCAGCUGCUCGACAGCCUCUCCUCGGUACAGACUCUCAAAGACACGCUCUCUUCGCUUCCCGAUGACAUUGCAUCCACAGAGGACAAGCUCCUCGAUCUCUGCCAGGACCUCGUCAUCCAGGGUGCAGCUGCUUCCGCACCCCAGUCCAGCAGGCAAGGCGCCCUCACCCUCAUGGCACGCCUCGAGCAGCUUCACGCCGCCAUCGACCAGCUUCGAAAGGCCAAAGACUACUUUACAAUCCUCGCUCAGGCCGAAGACCUGCGUCUGGCGGUGAUCAGCAGCGAGAAAGACCAGCCCCGCUCCUCACGCGCUCUGGAGCAUCUCGCCGAGCUCGACGCUCUCGUGCGCAGGGUCGACAAGCUCUCGACCGCCGGGGUAGACGCGCACAACGCUGGUCGAAAUCAGCCCAAACUCGUCGCAUUCCUCCGAGCCCAGCGAUCGGCUGCGUUCAAGGCGCUAAGAAAGGCGAGAUGCUCGCGCCUCUCCGACGCCAUCGCUCAGUCCGGCUGGGCGGACACUUCGGCGACAGAGCAGUCCAACGCCGACUCUGCCAUCGUGGAUGCAUCAACCUCAGCCGGCGCGAAGCUCAUCGACAGUGAGGCUGUGCGACAGGCCUGGGACGACGUAUGUGCCCUCCAAGACGCCGCAGAACAUCUCGGCCUGCUCAAACGAGCUACCGCCAAGCCGCCGUCCAAGUCGCAGCCCACCACCUCCAAACCCGAUGCCGCAGCCAGCGAUGCCUACCAGCCGCUGCUCACCACCCAGUGCCUGGUCGAACCCAUGCUGCUCCGCUUUCGCUACCACUUUGACGGCGACCGCUCCACCAACCGUCUCGACAAGCCCGAGUGGUACCUCUCGCACAUCGCCGCGCUCAUCCGCUCGCACGCACCGCUCUUCCUCCCCGCCGCACACGGCGUGCCAGGCUCAGGCGGUCCCGUCGCGCGUCUCAACCGUCACUACGCCAACACGGCCGUGUCGCAUCGCGCCUAUCGACACGUCGACACGUACGCGGAGCUGCUCCAUGCGCUGCUCACGCCGCUGCGCCGCAAGCUCGCCUCGACCAUGCCGGCGCUGCUCGACCACCCGAGCCUGCUGGCGCAUACCGUGUUCCAGGCGCUCACGUUCGAUGCCGACCUCGAGACGCAGUUUCCGCCCGCGCUCAGCGUGCUCUCCGGCGCAGGCGUGCGCAAGAUCUCGGACGACAUCCUUGGCAAUCCCGAGUGGUUCCAGCGCUGGCUGGACGGCGAAAAGCACUUUGCUCUGCAGCGGUUCGAGGAGAUCAUGGAUGCACCUGAUGCUUGGGCCAUCGGUAGCUCCGACAGCCUUGCAGACGACGAUGAGCAGAUCUUUCAUUCCACGCUCGAUGGCAACUCGACCUCGACGCAAGAAUCGAGCCGCACCACCAAGUCGGCACGAUCCACCAUGGAGGUGCUCGAGUCGGUGUCGGAGCGGUACCGUCCGCUGCCGUCGCUGUCGCAGCGGCUGGCGUUUGUGGCGAUCGUGCAGCUGCCCAUCCUGCGGUCGUAUGCGCAGCGCCUCACGCGCAGUCUCGAUGCGUUCGAGUCGCUCUCGUCCGCCUUUGCACGCGCCAUGCCUGGCGAGAUCGUCGCCAGCACCGGUCCGGCGGCGCUUGUGUCGGGCGCGUCCGAUUCGGACAUGGUCAAGGGCCUGCGUGGACUCGGUCGGCUCGUCAAGGCGCUGCUGUCGGCGCAGUACGUGUGCAGCGAGAUCGAGCGCUGGUCCGAAUCCGCCGCGUUUGUCGAGAUGGCCGCGAGCCUGGGUUCGACCGACGAAGGCAGGGCACUUGCGCUCGGCAUGCGCAAGGACGAGGGCGACGAGGAAAACCGAGAGCUCGAUGCAGCUAGUCUCGGCAUGCUCCUCCGACGCGGUCUCAAGCGCGGUGCGGCGGUCGCACGACCGCUCACCGCCGGAUCGAACGCGCCCAGUGCCGACGCAGGCGUGGGCACACCCAAGAUCACCGACGUCGGACAGAAGCAGGUGCUCAACGAGUUCGGCAGCUUUGGCGUAUGGGAGGAGCCGCGUCGCAAAUUUGGCGACAUUGCACAGCGGGCGACCUCGGCGAUUGAGCGAUUGGUGGUGAGCGAGACGCUCGAGCAGCUGCGACCGUACAUCGUGCGACGUUGGGAUCAGGAAUCGCUGCUUGCUGGCGAGGACCAAGACGAGCUCGAGGCGUAUCCGACGCCGGCGCUUGUAGCUGCUCUGGCGAUUUUUUCGUCGCACCUCGGACAUCUGUGCGGUGUGCUGGAGCGCGAAUCCAUGCUGCCCAUCUACCGGCACAUCGCGGCGUCGCUGGCGACGGCGUUGGUGGAGCGCGUUGUGAUGGCGGGUGGAUCGAAACGCUUCAACUAUGCCGGUGGCAUGCGCUUCCGGCGCGACCUCGAGCGCGGCUGGCUUGGCGUCGUUGACGAACUCGCCGCUAGCAAUGCAGGCAGUCGGUUUGGUAGGAAACCUCGCGCGGCUUGGAAGCCUGCCAUCGAUACCGCAACACUCCUCACCCUGCUGCCGAGCACCGAGCAGGGUCAAAGCCAACAGCCCGACGCCGGGGAUGUGACGCUAGCAAAGGCAGUCCAGAUCGCUUUCGACUCGGACAAGGAGCACGCCACAGACGAGUAUUCAGCGCUCAUGCAGACACUCGCCAUCGACGCCGACAAGAUCAACGUGCGCGAGACACUUCGACGCCGCGUCGAGGUAUGGAAGUAG